CUUUUUCGAUGAUAAGAAAUGAAAAAUUUUGAUCUUGAGAAAAUUGUGAAUAAUUUUUCUCAUUUCUACAGCGUUUUAAAUUAAAUUCACCGUAAAAUCAUGGCACAGUGUGCUCUAUUAUGUGCCAGGCGUUUCCUUUCCGAAGGUAAUCUGUCAAAAUUAAGAGCUCCGUUCUCUACAUCUUCUUUUUUGAAAACUGAAGAAAAAGGUUACCAAUUAGUCGACGUCAAAACAUCUCAACUUGUCGAACGCGAAGAAGACAAAAAGGAUGUUUUCGAAGAUCAUCCACCAUUUUAUCUUGAACCUUUGAGUGGUGUACCACCAGAACAUCGUCGAGAAAGAUUAGUUCGUAUUUCAAAACCACCGAAAAAUGCCAUGCAAUCUGGUACUGAUAACACUCAUGGUUAUUUAAUUCAGUUCGAUCAAAGGCAACGUUGGGAGAAUAACUUGAUGGGAUGGACAUCUUCUGGCGAUCCGUUAUCGAAUUUGCAAAUGCGUUUUCGAACAAUUGAAGAAGCUAUAACGUUCUGUAAGAAAAAUGCUUACCCUUACUAUAUCGAAGAUGAAAAACCGUUGAAUGCGAGGAGCAAAUCGUAUGCUAAUAACUUUUCAUGGAAUAAACGUUCGAGAACUUCUACCAAGUGAUAUAAUAUGCUGAUUUGUAAAUAGUAAAUAAUUGUAUGAAUAUUUUCAAUCUAUACCCAAAAGUGUUAGAUGUAUUUUCAAGUUAAUUGUUGAUUAUAUUCGAGUAAAAGUAUGGAAUUAUU